GGAGAGAGGCCUCGGGAGAGUGAGGAGAGAGCAUCAGGUCCUCUCCCUCCCUCCCUCUCUCGCGCUGCGGGCCCGGAGUCGGGGAGUCGCGUGAUGGUGAUGAUGAUGAUGCUGAGGUUGCUGCUGAUGAUGGUGACGUUGGUGAUGAUGAUGAUGUUGUUGAUGCUGUUACUGAUAGUGAAGUUGACAAUGAUGAUGUUGAUGCUGAUUGCGCUGUUGAUUGAGAUGUUGAAGUUAAUGUUGCUGCUGCUGAUGUUGGUGAUGUUGCUGGUUGUUGGUAGAUGUUCAUGAUGUUAAUGGUGAUGAUGAAGUGUGUAGGAAAUGAUUAUGUUAAUGGUCAUGAUGUUGAUGGUGUGUGUAGGUGAUGUUUAUGGUGGUGAUGUGUGUAGGUGAUGAUGGUGGUGAUGAUGCAUGUAGGCAAUGUUAAUGGUGAUGGUGGUGAUGUUUUGUGAAGGUGAUGUUAAUGGUGAUGUUAAUGAUGAUGGUGGUGAUGUGUGUAGGUGAUGUUAAUGGUGAUGGUGGUGAUGUGUGUAGGUGAUGUUAAUCGUGGUGAUGGUGGUGAUGUGUGUAGGUGAUGUUAAUAGUGAUGGUGGUGAUGUGUGUAGGUGAUGUUAAUCGUGGUGAUGGUGGUGAUGUGUGUAGGUGAUGUUAAUAGUGAUGGUGGUGAUGUGUGUAGGUGAUGUUAAUGGUGAUGGUGGUGGUGAUGUGUGUAGGUGAUGUUAAUCGGGAUGAUGGUGGUGAUGUGUGUAGGUGAUGUUAAUCGGGAUGAUGGUGGUGGUGUGUGUAGGUGAUGUUAAUAGUGAUGAUGGUGGUGGUGUGUGUAGGUGAUGUUAAUCGGGAUGAUGGUGGUGGUGUGUGUAGGUGAUGUUAAUGGUGAUGAUGGUGGUGAUGUGUGUAGGUGAUGUUAAUGGUGAUGAUGGUGGUGAUGUGUGUAGGUGAUGUUAAUAGUGAUGGUGGUGAUGUGUGUAGGUGAUGUUAAUGGUGAUGGUGGUGAUGUGUGUAGGUGAUGUUAAUCGUGGUGAUGGUGGUGAUGUGUGUAGGUGAUGUUAAUGGUGAUGGUGAUGAUGUGUGUAGGUGAUGUUAAUUGUGAUGGUGGUGGUGAUGUGUGUAGGUGAUGUUAAUCGUGGUGAUGGUGGUGAUGUGUGUAGGUGAUGUUAAUGGUGAUGGCGGUGGUGAUGUGUGUAGGUGAUGUUAAUGGUGAUGGUGGUGGUGAUGUGUGUAGGUUAUGUUAAUGGUGAUGGUGGUGGUGAUGUGUGUAGGUGAUGUUAAUAGUGAUGGUGGUGAUGUGUGUAGGUGAUGUUAAUGGUGAUGGUGGUGGUGUGUGUAGGUGAUGUUAAUCGUGAUGAUGGUGGUGAUGUGUGUAGGUGAUGUUAAUGGUGAUGGUGGUGGUGAUGUGUGUAGGUGAUGUUAAUAGUGAUGGUGGUGAUGUGUGUAGGUGAUGUUAAUGGUGAUGGUGGUGGUGAUGUGUGUAGGUGAUGUUAAUGGUGAUGGUGGUGGUGAUGUGUGUAGGUGAUGUUAAUAGUGAUGGUGGUGAUGUGUGUAGGUGAUGUUAAUCGUGGUGAUGGUGGUGAUGUGUGUAGGUGAUGUUAAUAGUGAUGGUGGUGGUGUGUGUAGGUGAUGUUAAUAGUGAUGGUGGUGGUGUGUGUAGGUGAUGUUAAUCGGGAUGAUGGUGGUGAUGUGUGUAGGUGAUGUUAAUCGGGAUGAUGGUGGUGAUGUGUGUAGGUGAUGUUCCCAAUGCCUUAGGGAGCCCGCAGGGCGGGGGCGGGGGGGGAUGGGGGGUGGGGGGAAUCGCCCCCAGAGCUCACGCACCCCGCUCACCCGGCGGCAGGUGGCGGCGCUGCUCCUCUGCAUCUGCGUCUACCCCAGGGACUGCACAGCUCGGCAGCAGCAACAAGACCCAGUUCCCCCCUGGCCAGGAGACCCAGAGGACCUGGAGGAGCCAGGAAGAGUCGCCGCUCACCGGGCGAGGAGGCAGGUGGAACCCCAGCGGUGGAGCGGCACCCGGAUUGGAGCUGGGGGGAUGGAGGAGGGGCCGGUUCCAGCGGUUGGGGAGGUCACUGGGACCUGGGGUCAGUGGGGGCCCUGGUCCCCUUGCACGCGUACAUGUGAAGGGGGGGUCAUGGAGCAGAUGAGGCCAUGUCUGCCCGCGGCCCCCCGUGCCCCUGCGCCACCCGCGGAGCAAGGGGGGCACGGAUACGGCCACCACCAGCAGCAGUACCAGCGGCGGCGGCAGCAGCACGGCUACAGUGACCUCCAGGAGCUUGAGCCAGUGCAUGCAAGCCAGCAGUAUCAGCAGCAUCAGCAGCAUCAGCAGCAGCAUCAGCUCAGCCGGCUCUGGCAUGGUGCUCGUGGCUCAGCUCAUUCCCUGCAGGGACGUUUUCCAGCGAGAGUGCUCAGUUCCAUGCAUCGCGCACAGCCCCCGCUCACCCGCCUCCGGGCAUCUCGUUCCACGCAUGCCACACUCGCCCACCAGACCGGCCAGGCCCUGUGGCCCGCUGGUGGAGCUGGAUCUGGGUCUCCGCGCACCUCCAUCAGCUGUGUUGGUGCUUUCCGGCGUCACCGCCUGUGCAACGCGCAGCCCUGUCCAGCCGGCGUGCGAGAUUUCCGGACGGUGCAGUGCGCCAACUACAAUGGCCGCCCGUUCAUGGGCCGCCACUACGAAUGGGAGCCCUUCACUGAGGCAGGACUCAUGCGAUGCAGGUGCAUACAAGUCGGAGGCGUAGCACCGGUGUCAUUAUGGUGCGACAAAAGCGAGACCUGCCGGGUGUCCGAUUUGUGCCGACUCGCCCGAGGGUGUCGCGGCUCCGCGCCCGGUGGAGGAGAUGGAGGUCCACUCGGCGGAAGCGGCGAAGGCAGAGGUCGGCAGCGGCAGUCGCGGGCAAAAUUGCCUCGUCGGCCACACUUGAAACACGUGGCCGUCGUCGGCCGACGGUCGGUUGACCCAGCCCCCGCACGUGGUCGGCCCGCGUAGUCACCAUGCUGGUCGCGCAGCCAUCGUCUCAGAAUCCAGUGCGGAACAGCAGCCACCACCUCGUCGUCGCCGGAGUCAUUGGAGCAGUGGACGACCCGUCGUGGAGACCACC